UUCCCGUCCUUUUGACGCAUCAACGCCCUUUAACCACCAGGUUUAUUUCCCCUCUUCUCCUCUUUCCUGCAACGAUUUCCUUAUCCGCAAUUCGGAUCGGUCGGUCACCUUGCGAGUAUACUACAACUUAAUUGCCUUCUUCAUCACCCUCCACAUUUGGUGGUGGGUACGGUUGUGAUUCGCCAGCGUUUGAGAUGUUGUUAUAUCUACAACAUCAUCCUCAUCAAAAUUAUUUUUCUUGGUCUAAAACUGCUGCCACUCAUAAAAUUCCUUCUAGUGGUCUCUGUUCCCAAUCCCAAUCCCAAUCCCAAUCCCAUACCCAUAGUAUUAUUCCCGUCAAGCCUCUAGAAUUGCAGUGCCAAUUGAAAACGAAGAAUGAAAAUGUACAGCCUAGCGGAGAAGGUUGGAGAAAAGGUAAAAAAAUUCCUGGUAUUCAAGUUCCUAGGCAGCGACAUAUCUCCGUUUCUAAGUCGGCGCUUUUGGACGCCAUUGUAUUGAUGUUUGACUCACAAGCAGAGAUCGAUCAAUUCAUUCUUCUGUCCUCGUGUUUGGACUCUAUUCUUCACGCUGAACAUAAAAGCACUUUAGAGGAAAUGCGAGUUGACUAUAACCUUACCCAUUCCAUGGAAACCAAAGCAGAUGGUCACAAGGAUUCGGGCAAUUCAGAGAGUAAGUUUGACUUGGCUAUGUAUAAAAAUGCUAUUGGGACUGGAAGCAUGGGUAAUUAUGUGGAGGAUAAAACUGAACCCAACAAUCCUAUGCCUUCCAGUUAUGGCCCCGGCUUGAAAUACCUCUUUGGUUCUUCACCCAAAAAUGUCAAGAGAAUUUCUCUUGAGGAAUCCAGAGUUGCUGUUUCCACUCGCUUCCAACGUGCUUUCGUGCAACUUCUUUAUAAUGCGCAGUUUGAAGAACUUUCAGCUAGGGAUUUGAUGUUGACAUCUGCAUUAAAUAACGAUUAUCUACUUACUUUGCCAAUAUAUGUUGACUGGAAGAGAGCAUCUGAGUCCAAUGCAAUAAUAUUCAGGCGGGGUUACACAAAGGAGAGGCAGAAGGGCUUACUGCUUGUUGAAAAGUUGGAUUACUUGCAGUCAAAACUUCUUCAAGGAAUCUUCUUCAUUACAUCCAAACCAUUAGGGAAAGUUGGCAUCUGGAUUAGUGAGGCUUUCAAAAGUUCUAGUCAGGGACAACGUGCAAAAGUUUGGACUAAAAGGAUUAAGCUUUGGCUCAAGGAACUUCCUUUUUUCAAGCAGUCAUAUAUUUAUAGUGACCAAAUUUUUGAUAACCUGUUGGGAGUUGACCAACUAUCAGAUAUUGACCUUCCUAUUUGGCUGGCAGCACAAAGGGCAGUAACUCGUUACGAAGGAAUUCUCUCACCGGUUGGACCCCGUGGGAGGCUGUUAAGGAAGUUGUUUGUGUGGAUUGGGCUUAUUCCCCCUAUGCCAGAACAGCCAUUCAAUCUUGAGUCUGAUACUACUACUUCUGAACCUUACUUAAGGCCUAUUUUCUUAUCAAGAAUAUCGCUGAGUGAUAUAUGGGAACCUGCUACAAGGAAAUUCUGUGAAAAUGAUCUUUGGGAAAUGUUGAGAACUUCUAUUUCCAUUCUUCUCUCUCAAUCAAUCCUCCAGGAGCCAGCAUUCCAAGAAUUAAUUUUACUUUACACCGAGGAAAUUGGUGAAAGAGAAACUGAAGACAAAGCCAAGGUUUCUUCAUUGCAGUUGAAGAUAUAUGAGAGAAUUUCUAUUCCGGAUUUACCAGUUGUUUUUCCUCACAAGAAGCUGUCUUUCCGUAUCCUAGACACGGUACGCUUGGAUGUCGCCACAAUAUUGGGACUUUUGGCAUACUUCAUAAACUACAAAUUUGAGGACAUCUUGUCAUCCCCGUCAGCGAUAUUUCUAGAUGUGAUUCCGAUUAGUGCUCUUAUAAUAUAUAUGACCCGCGUGGCUUUGGGUUACAAACAGACAUGGGAUAGAUAUCAACUUCUAGUCAACAGGAUACUUUAUGAGAAAACCUUAGCAAGUGGCUUUGGCUCGGUUCACUUUCUUCUGGAUGCUUCUGAACAGCAGCAAUACAAGGAAGCCAUAUUGGCUUAUGCAGUCAUGCUCAAAGCAGAGACUAGCCAGGUCACUUGCCCUCAAAGUGUUGGAGGCAAAUGUGAGAGAUUUAUGUAUAAUGAGUUUAAAGAGAAGGUUGAAAUGCCAGUUGACAAGGCUAUGGACACGUUGUUGAGGCUGGGUCUUGUAACUAAAGAAAGCAUUGAUGGAAAAACUACACUGCAGGUUGUUCCCUGUCUCAAGGCCUAUGAGGUCCUUAAACAGCAUUGGAAUAGCUUGCUCAAUUAAGUUGUAAUUAGUAAUUCCUAAAUUUGAUUGACCACAUCAUGCAUAUAAAUUGAGUUUUAUGGGCCUCUACUUGCUCUUGUAAUGUUUUUGAGCCAUGUCAAAUUAUGGUUUGUGCCGUGGUUAGGUUUUUCUUUU